GAGUUCCGGUGCAUCGGAAGCAGGAUAAAAUUCUGGUCCGAUAGAUGAUUGCACUGACGACUGAGAGGAGUAAUGGCUCAGUACAUCCGUUAUUGCAGUUUUAUGUAAUUGGAGGGAAGAACUUGUUGCGAAGUGCGAGUUUUGUUGUCAGCAACAACACGUUGUCCUGUUGGUGGUUUAGAUUCACAGGUCCUGUGCAUUAUCAAUUGAGAUGUCAGUUCUAAAGUGCACAUGACCCUGCAGAUUGCAAUUUAAAUACGACAGCAAGAACUGUGCAACGAUGGAGAAAUUACUGUCCUUUUUGGUGCUCUGUAUCGUACUGCACGCUGGAAAUGAUAAACAAGUGAAGAGUCAAUACUUGUAUCCCAACAGUACUUAUGCUGGUGUGGAGACCGAGUACACCCGACCUUACGCAGAUCUUGAUAUGCAUUUAGAUGAGCCUAUUCUUGCUCCAAACCCACGCGGAGUUCCAGAGCAGGUAUUCUUGACUAUUGGAGACCGUACAGGAACAGCAAUCACGGUUAGCUGGUCCAGCAACAAACCCAUGGAGACUUUGGUGCUCUAUUCAAAAGAACCUAGGAAAUACGAUCUGCUGGCGAAGGGAGAUGAGCCCAAGCGAUACACAUACAUGGACUACACUUCUGGUCUCCUUCAUCAUGUAACCCUAUCCAAUCUGGAGUAUAAUACAAAGUACUACUACAAAAUUGGCAGCAGUAACGAAGAAUUCUUGACCUUUUAUGGUGACUUCACAACGCCACCCGCACCUGGACCAGACACAGCCAUUAAGUUUACUAUAGUAGGAGAUCUUGGCCAAACCUACUCAUCCAAUACCACGUUAGGUCAUAUGAUGGAGAGUGAAGGGCAAUAUCUUCUCAACAUGGGUGAUUUUUCUUAUGCCGAUGAUUACCAGCCCCGUUGGGACACAUGGGGUCGAAUGAUGACACCAUAUUCCAGCAAAGUUCCUUUUGUUUUCACCUACGGGAAUCAUGAGAUUGAGUACAAGGAGUCAGCGAAUGAGAGGGAACCAUUCGUAGCAGCUACUCAUCGCUUCGCAACCCCAUGGAAGAGCAGUCGCAGUCAAGGUCCCCUGUUCUACUCUGUCGAGAUUGGACCGGUUCAUAUAGUUGCACUCAACUCUUACGUCUCAUUGGCCAAAUACACCCCACAAUACAAGUGGUUAAAGGCUGACUUGUCUCGUGUCAACCGAGCUGUAACACCAUGGGUGGUCAUUAUCACCCAUGCACCGUGGUACAACACCUACAACGCACAUUAUCUGGAAGGGGAAGUGAUGCGCAAUGCGGUGGAAUAUCUCGCCCGAAAGUAUCACGUUGAUGCUAUUUAUUCCGGUCACGUUCAUUCUUAUGAGCGAUUUAAACGACUGUAUUUUUACGAAGAGGACCCUUGUGCACCAGUUUAUGUUACAAUUGGAGACGGAGGAAAUCGUGAGGGCCCUGCAACAAAGUUCAAAGUCAAACCCCAGCCUCCAUACAGUGCUUUUCGUGAGCCCAGCUUUGGUCAUGGAACACUCGAAAUCUUCAACAAAACUUCUGCAGUUUUCAAAUGGCACAGGAACCAGGAUGAAGAAGCGGUAACUGCUGAUGUGUUCUACUUGACCAACGUGCAUUCGAUUUCUAAGAACUGCCCCAAGCCGUCAAAACCCCGCCAGCCUUACUACUCACCUCAUCUUCUGAAUAAGAGAGAAAUAGGUGUUCACUGUGAUCAGCACGUAGGCUUUUUAUGGUGACGAUGAUCCUGUGGACAUCUUGAGUUCGUGUGUAUAAGAGUAGAGCUCGAUCAUCUGUCUGAAAUCAGGUCGACGUAGUUUGAUCUUAGGUUUUUGCUUAUAACAGCAGCUAGUUCAUCACCAUCAGGACCUAUGGAAUGUUCUCACUACGAGGACUGAUCGGGGGCUCUUGCAAUAUUUCGUCGCGAUCAGUACCCAUGUAUAGCCCUGUUAAUGUACUACGUUUUUAUAAGUGAACAUCACUUAACCAUCCCCAGGCUCACACUUCUGGUACCCAGUU